UUGGUAUUUCUAGAGUCGCGUUGCAGGGUUUGGGAGAAUUGCAAAUUUAGGGUUUUCAAUCAACGGGUUCAGGGUGUCUCAAUCAAACCACAUUAUACAUCGUCGGUUUCAGAUCAACUAGAUGUAGCCGAUAAUCACACUAUAUUUGAAUCAACAGGUGAGGUGCGAUUUGCAGAGGCAAAAGAAUGAUAGAGAAGACGAAAAUAAGGAAGGAAGAGUUGGUGACGAGAGAGUACACCAUUAAUCUUCACAAGCGUACACAUGGAUGCACAUUUAAGAAGAAAGCGCCAAAAGCUAUCAAGGAAAUCAAGAAGUUUGCACAAAAAGCCAUGGGAACAACAGACGUACGCGUUGAUGUUAAACUAAACAAAUACGUUUGGAGCCGUGGAAUCAGAAGUAUCCCAAGACGAAUUAGGGUUCGAAUCGCGCGCAAGAGAAAUGAUGAUGAAGAUGCAAAGGAAGAACUUUACUCACUUGUUACUGUAGCUGAAAUUCCUGCAGAAGGAUUGAAGGGUCUUGGGACCAAAAUCAUUGAUGAUGAAGAUUGAUUUACAUAAUUGUAAUUUUCUUAUUAAUUUUUGGUACGUUUUAUUUACAUUUCUUUUAAGUUUAUCUUUUGUGGUGGGAGAUUUACACUCGUC